AUUUGAUUAGAGACGUCUCUGAAAUUACCAUCAUUUUUAUUAAAUUCUGGCUUGAUCAUAACGUACAUCGAAGAUACAUACCAUGACCCAUUUCGCGGCCCUGUUGGGUGUGGCCAUUGUGGCCUUGUUACAAGGGUCCUUGGUCAGCGGCGUUCCUGCUCCCCAGACCUGCUAUUGCAUUGGCAUAAACGCGGACCCGCGUCCCCUGUAUGGCUGCAUGGACCGGACAACGGAAGUCGGAUCCCUAUAUGCGGAUGACUUCGACGAUCCGUGUCUUCUGAAAGCCGAGGGUGUUCUGACCUCCGGUGGUUUUGUGGCUGCGAUUUCGAACGAAGAUGAGGUGGUCUAUAUGGUAAAAGACUAUGGAUUAAGAGAGAAGAACUGCAUUUACCCGAGAAGGAGAGGAGUAGUGACCUGGAAGAAUCCCUGCCCCCCUUCCAUCCAAAGUGGAUACACUUUAAAUCCAACGCCAAUUCCAACAACGACAACGUCGACGACAACGUCGACGACACAACCACCGCCAACAACAACUACUUCAACUACUCCUAAACCUACACCAUCCCCGACACCACCCCAAACAACGAAAAAGGUCACUCUGGUACCAGCCAGUGUAAUGAACCCUUCCCUUAAAUGCGACUUCCCACGAGUGGUGGACGCUAUAAAGAAUCACCAGACGGUUUCCCACCCGAACGGCAACCCCUGUCCGAUGGGCGGUAACUCUGCAGAAUCAUUGCUAUACCAACACUGUCAUGCCCCAAGCUUUGACUUUCAAACCUGGCAGAUUGAUCUACAGGUCAGCGCAGUCUGCUCCCAACUGAAGCCAGGUGAACCAGUGGGCUAUUACCUGAACGGAAACAACCAGAAGCCACUCGGUAUAAUGGGCGUGUUCAUGGGCUGCACCAGCCCAACGUCAUUUUCGGUUGCUAUGCAGGACUGCUUUAGCGGCGUGGAUGUCAAGGAUGUUGCGGCCACGUAUUUGAACCCCGAUUAUUUCUACACCUUUAAAUGGCCUUAAGUGUUUGAGCUGGACAUGAGAUAUUAAAUACACUUAUGCAGAUAGUUUGUAAUUGAUGAUUAAUGUGUUUGAAUUUUCUUCCCUUGACGGCUGUAUGGUAACCAAGUAAAUAUAAUGAGCUCUGAUGCAUAA